AUGCUGAGGUUACUGAUCAUUUGGGCAGCGAUCUUGGGCUGCUGCCAUGGGCAGUCCGAAGUGUCCCGGAGGAACAGCCUCCUGAGGGUGAUGUCACCGCCGGAGCUCGAGGGCACAUACGGCUGUGCCAGUGCCGACUUUGGUUUCCCGCAGCACGCUGGCUCCAUGACCGGCGUGGUCGUCUACCCAAGGCGCAACAAGAUGGCUUGCAUGAACUUCGAUGACUUUGGCAUCUCUUUCCGUUUGCGUCGAGCUGGCGGACCUCCUGUUUUCUUGCUGGUAGACAGGGGAGAUUGUUUCUUCACAACCAAGGUGCGGAAUGGGCAGAAAGCAGGAGCAGCAGCAGUCCUUAUUGUUAAUGACAGAAAUGAACCUUUAUUUGCAAUAGACGAACCAGAAAGUGGCGAGACAACACUCAAUUUACACUUACAGGAUAUUACCAUUCCUUCAGCACUUAUAACCAAAAGCCUUGGGGAGAGUCUAAGGAAAGCAAGUAACAAUGGCGACUUGGUUGAUGUAAACUUGGACUGGGAGGAGUCCCGACCGUACCCUCAUGAGCGUGCCGAGUAUGAAUUUUGGACAAACGGUAACGAUGAAUGUGGUCCAAAAUGUGAUGAGCAAGUUGAUUUCCUGAAGAGAUUCAAAGGUGUAGCCCAGAUACUCGAGAAGAAGGGCUACACACAGUUCACUCCUCAUUACACUACUUGGUAUUGCCCAGAGAGCUUCAUGUUCAGCAAGCAGUGCAGGUCCCAGUGUAUCAACUAUGGGAGGUAUUGUGCACCAAAUCCGGAACAAGAUUUCGGCAAAGGGUACGAUGGGAGCGAUGUGGUGGUUCAGAAUUUAUAUCAAAUUUGUGUGUUCAAAGUUGCAAAGGAGACCGGGAAGCCUUGGUUAUGGUGGGACUAUGUGACUCAUUUUGCUAUUAGGUGCUCAAUGAAGGAAAAGAACUACAAUGAAAAAUGUGCUCACAGAGUAAUCAAAUCACUUGGCCUUAAUCAAAAAGCGGUUGACAUGUGUGUUGGUGAUCCUAACGCAGACGAGGAAAAUCCUGUGCUAAAAGCUGAACAAGAUGCACAGAUUGGCAAGGACUCUGGCAAUCAUGUUACUAUCUUGCCAACACUAGUAAUCAACAAUAGGCAAUACAGAGGGAAACUUGAAAAGGCAGCAGUUCUUAAAGCUCUCUGCGCCAGCUUCCGAGAAAAUAAUGAACCGUCUGUUUGCUUAAAUGAAGAAGAAGACAUACAAACCAAUCAGUGCUUGAACAACAAUGGCGGUUGUUGGCAAGAUAUGGCUGCUAACGUGACUGCAUGCAAGGACACCUCCGUUGGAACGGUUUGUGAAUAUCCUGUUCUACAAGGUGUGAAAUACAUUGGUGAUGGUUACAACCACUGCGAAGCAAACAUAGGUAACUAG